CUCGUUGGUACUAUUCACAGUGUUUACUGAAAAUAUUCAACUUUUCCAAUAUGUUGCGUGCUUCAGUGUUGUUGUGCUGUAUUUACUUUGCUGCUUUGACUCCUUACUUAGCAUAUGCUAUGACAGACGAGCAGAGAGCGAAGAUUCACGCCCACUUUGAGGAAAUGGGUAUGGCUUGUAUGUCAGAGGCUCCCAUUACUCCUGAGGACAUCGCAGCAUUCAAAGCUCGGAAGAUGGCCACCGGUCCUAAUGCUCCCUGCUUCGUCGCUUGCGUCAUGAGGAAGUGCGGUGUUAUGGAUGAUGCUGGUAUGGUUCAUCAGGAGAAAGCUCUUGAUCGGGCCAAGGAGGUAUUUGAAGAUGCUGAGGAAAUCAAGAACAUCGAGAAUUACUUGCACUCCUGCAACCAUGUGAACUCUGCUGCUGUGGGUGACGGUGAUAAGGGAUGCGAGCGUGCCGUGUUAGCUCUCAAAUGUAUGCACGAGAAUGCUGCUCAGUUUGGCUUCGAUCUGUAAAUCGUCGACAUCAAAAGUUUCUACCUUACGACAGAGACGUAAGACAUCCACGACGGGCAAGUUAGUUGUUUAAUGUAAAUGUUAUUAAUUAUUAUGUAAAUGCUAG